AUGUCGUCAUACUCAACAGUUCCGCCAUGUCACAGCGUGGCCCGACCAUUGACAGAUGCCUUCGUCGACCUUUACUUCAUGAACUAUAUCACCGCCAUGGCUGCUGACGCUGUCCCGUAUCUGCACCGACAUCCAAAAUAUUCGACAGAGACAUGUAGUUGCAGCGGAGCACUUUCGAUCAAAAAUACUCUACCUAGCUUGUCGUCUUUUAUUCGCACUCUAGUGAUGGCAUUCAAGCUACCCCGAGUCGUCAUGGUUGCGUCUGCAGUAUAUCUUGGUCGUUGGCGACUCCAGCAUCCCGGAGCGUCUGGAUCUACUCCUAGCGCUUCAUAUCGCUUAGUACUUACCUCUAUGAUUAUUGCUGUCAAGCAUCUGUACGAUAAUCCUCCCCCCAAUGCUCGAUGGGUGAGGUUCUUGCAUAAGAAUGGCAUUCACCACUUUAACCUGGAGCACAUCAACUCGAUGGAAAUGGAGAUGUUGCACGAUCUUGGAUGGGAUAUUGGGAUGUCUCCUGCAGAUGUUCGCAGGGUUUCGGAGCCUGUCCUAUUUGUACUUGGGAGCGAAUUACUUAAUUAUGCUCAACAGUGUUAG